CUCCAGCAGAAACGGAAAAUCAAUCCGCUCCUCCGUUCCCCACUCCACUCCACCACAAUGGCGUCGCCGGCGGCUCCGCCCUGCAGCCCCGACGCCUCGCCGGCCAUGGAGGCGCAGGCGGCCCUCCCGGACCACCUGACGGAGGACAUCCUCCUCCGCCUCACCACGGCCGCCGACCUCGCCCGCGCCUCCAUGGCCGGGCCCUCCCUCCGCCGCGUCGUCGCCGACCACUCCUUCCUCCGUCGCUUCCGCACCCUCCACCCGCCGCCUCUCCUGGGCGUACUCUCCGACCCCUUCCUCCCAGCCCAGCCGCCCCACCCCUCCGCCGCCGCCGCCCGAACCCUCGCCGGCACCGACUUCUCCUGCUCCUUCCUCCCCUCCCGCGACCAGCCCUGGAUUCUCCACGACUUCCGCGACGGCCGCGCCCUCCUCUGCAUCGCCCCUAUCACCGACGACCACUGCCUGGUGAGGGACGUCGCCGUCUGCGACCCGCUGCACCGGCGCUACCUCCUGCUACCCCCCGUCCCCCAGGACCUGUCCGAUCUGCUCUUUCACCUGGAUCCUUUCCUUGCUCCCGCCGGCGGGGACGAGGGCGCUGAUGACACUGCUGCGGGCGCUCCCUCAAGAUUCAAAGUCAUGUGCUUGGCCCAGUACCAGACCCGCUUGGUCCUCUACGUCCACUCUUCGUCAGGUCCCCAUGCCGGACAAUGGCGCGCCGUCGCAUUUGAUGGCUGGACCGCCCUCCUCGCAGGAGUCAGUGUCCAUGUGCUGUCCGCUGUUACGGUCGGAAAGCGCUACUACGCGCACGGGUGCUUCUGUUGGGUGGUAUGUGCGAUGGACAAGUUGCUCAUGCUCGACACGGCCACCACGGAGUUCUCAACCGUCGACCUUCCGUCUGAUCUCAUGAAUCACGAGCUGGCCUUCGUGGAAGCAAGCCAAGGGAGGCUUGGGAUGUUCGCUCUCAGCCAAACUCCCACACACCGCGUGCCUCGCCUCCGGUAUUCCAUUUUGGUUAGCACUGGGGACGACGACCCAGGGCAGUGGCAAAAGAAAAAGGUGGUCAAAUUGUCCCAUGAUCACCGCUAUCGGAUCAUUGGUGUAGCUGGGGUGUACCUGCUCCUGUAUGUGGUUACAGACGACCCGGAACCGUACCAUCCGGAUAAAGUGCCGGACCCGGGCUGCUGCUUUUCACUGAAUCUUCACACUAUGGAUCUUGAGCGCUUCUCUCGGAAUAGUGACAUAAUGCCAUUGCAGGACCAACUGUAUUCGGGCUUCCCGCCAUACUUGUCUCCACCAACCAUUUGAAACGGGCUUAAUCUGCUGGGUAGAGGACCAAUUGACUCCAUUUGGAUUGUUGGUGACUUGAUCCAUCUGAUAUCAUAUAAGGCAGUGCCAAGCCCGGUAUUUGACGGAGUGCCUACCAGCAGCAGCAGCAGCAGCAGCCGUGAUUAAGUUGCUUGGUUCCUCUUGAUUUGGUGGACUGGAUGGAACCAUGUGUGUAUAUAUGUAUGCACAUCGUGUUAACUUGUAUGUCUCAUUUCAUCUUGACGCUCGGUAAUGCACUACAUUGUACUCAUGGACCACAUCAGGGAGAAGAAAUCUUCAUUCUUUCUCCUUUUUGCGGGCAAGGAGGCCUCUUCCUUCGCCUGCGCCUAUUGCUAUUGAUAAGAAUACGAAGUUUAUAGACUGGACCACAUGAGUAACGAGUUGGAGUAAAUGUUGAUUCUAAAGAAAUACAGAGCUUCUUUUUGCUACACGGACUAGUUGGUUUCCGAUCACAAACCAUCAUUGGAUUGCAUAUGGCACUUAUUUUGCGCCCGGCGAGAAAAGAUGGAUGACACACACACACACACACACACACACACACACACACACACACACACACACUUGCCUGUUCUCCAUGUGUCUUUGUUUCAUUCGUGGCCUUAUGUCUUCAAACAAUCUCUUCUUGAUAUGUUGGAUUUGAUUAAUUAGAGAAGGUCAUGUUUGGGACUGCUCCACCCCACCAAAAUCAGCUCCAUCAAAAUUGGUUUAUGACACUAGUUAUUUGCUCCUCUUGUUGUUUGCUGGACAAGGCUGCUAUCUGGGAGCACAUCUAGGUGAAGUGAAAAAUUGUAGAUCAGAUGUUCUCUUUUGAGUAAUGUAGUAACCCCUUAUACAUAUUUUUCUUUGUUAAACUGGUCACUACUCGCUGCAGAUUCAGUUGUAGCAAGUAAAAGUGGCAAUCUGCUAGUUGUUUACUGUGCAGC